CAGUCGCGCGUGUGAUGAAUGUGUGGAACACUCGGAAGUCUUUUCGUUGAAAUAUCACGGGCCGGGCCUGUUUGAGGGACACAACGAACUAGACCGAACCCUUCCCGAUCUCCAAAUUCUGAUUGCGUUAUUCUGCGGAAGUUACCAUGGAAAAUCACGACGGUCGUCGAAGUGCUAAGUCUGACAUCGAUGAAGAAGACGACUUGAGGGUGAAACUAACUAGGUACCCUGAUGGCUCCGUCAGGCUACGGAACCCUAAUAUUGAGCUCAUGGACCAGGACAUUCUGUAUCACCUCGCGCUGGGCAGUGGCUCGCACGACCUGGUCAGCAUGUUCGGCGAUGUCAAGUUUGUCUGUAUGGGCGGGACUCCAAAGCGGAUGGAACAGUUCGCCUAUUACAUCAUGGAACAGAUCGGACACAAGCUGCCGACCGGUACAACGCUGCAGGACAUCAGCCAGUACUCCUACAGGUACUCCAUGUACAAAGUGGGGCCUGUCCUCUCCAUCAGCCACGGCAUGGGAAUCCCCUCCGUCGGUAUCCUGCUGCACGAAGUCAUCAAGCUAAUGUACCACGCGCGUGUCCAUGAUCCCGUGUUCUUCCGCAUCGGGACUUGCGGUGGCAUCGGGUUGGAAGGCGGCACCGUCGUCAUCUCAGAGAGCGCGCUGGACGGGAUGAUGCAGCCUUUCCUCGAACUGCCAGUGUUGGGGCAGCUGGUGAGGAGACCUGCAAAACUGGACAAGGAGGUGGGACAGGAACUGUUUGCCUUGUCUGAGCGUGAGGACCCGUAUGAUACUGUCAUAGGAAAAACGAUGUGCACGUACGACUUUUACGAAGGUCAGGGUCGGCUAGACGGUGCAUUCUGCAACUUCACGGAGACAGACAAAAUGGAAUACCUCAACAAAAUCCACAAGGCAGGAGUUAUAAAUAUUGAGAUGGAGUCCCUAUCAUUUGCGGCCCUAACGCACCAUGCCGGCAUAAAGUCGGCUGUCAUCUGUGUCACGCUCGUCGACAGGCUGAAGGGGGAUCAGGUGCUGGCUCCAAAGGAGGUUCUGGAUGAGUGGCAGGAGAGACCCUGCAAACUUGUGUCCAGGUACAUCCGACGCUAUCUGACCUUGAAAGGCCGCCUGUCACUGGACGGACACUGCGGUUCCAUGUGC